GGCUCUCUGGGGUGGGGAGGCUAGGGCUGAGGGAAGCCCUUGAGAAGCCACGAGACUGGAGCUGAGGCCCAGGUGAGAGUCAGGGAGGCCCCAGGCGGGCAGGGACUACAGGGAGGCCUGCAGGAUGUCGGAUGAAGAAAAGGAUGAUGCCCAGGGAUGACUCCCAGGCUUCUGAUGGAGCAACUUCUGCAACACUGCGGGAGGAUCAGGAUUUCGGGAAAGACAAUGCGUUUUUCCCACUUUGGCUUAGUAAGUCCAGGGCCCUGUGGGGCAUUCAGAAGAGCUAUCCGGAGCCCAGAGGCAGUACAGUGCAAUGGUGACAAAUCUGGGCUCUGGAGACAGACUCAACACACUCAGGUCCUGGCUCCACUUACCGGCUGUGUGACCUUAGCCAAGUGAUUUCACCUCUCUGAGCCCCAGUGUUCUCAUCUGCAUGACAGGGGUGAUAGCGAAUAUCUACCUCAUGGAUCCUUGGGAAGGUUAAACGAGUUAAUACUUGAAAGUCCUGAGCACCCAGUAGAUGCUCAGUAAAUAGCAGUUGUUGCUAUUUUAAUAUUAAUAAUUCAGGUCAUGAUCAGUCAGUUUCAGUGGUAACAAGGGCCCAGAGGGGCCAGCCUGACAGAAAAGAAUGGUCCUGGGACUUCCCUGGCGGUCCAGUGGUUAAGACUCCGAGCUUCCACUGCAUGGGGUGUGGGUUCGAUCCCUGGUCAGGGAACUAAGAUCCCACAUGCCGUGUGGCACAGCCAUAAAACAAACAAACAAAAGAACAGGAGGGUCCCCUGGGGGAGCUACUCAGAGCUGGGCCUCCUCUCCUGUCUUUGCCCAGGGGAGUCUUGGGAGCAGUGAUGGUGUAAUUCAGGGCCAGCAGCAGAGGUCUGUGAGCGCAGGGCAGAUGGCAAAGAAGGACCGGAGGCCCAGGGACCGGAACAAGAAGGGGCAAGGCUCUGCUGAGGCUGAGGAUCUGGUCCCCUCUCCUCCUCGGAAACCCUCCUUCCCCUUCCAGUGGGUCUGGGAGAGCUUCACCACAGAUGGCCGGGCUCCGCUUCAGCCGGGCUCCGCCUCGGCCCCUGGCCACCAAGCCCUGCCCUUGCCCCCAGCGGUCCAUCGGCACAAGUCCAGGCGCAAGUCCACGGCCAACAACCCAGAGGCCCGUGGCUCCUGCUGGAAGACAGAGGCGCCAGAUCCGGAGAGGAGACAGCAGCUCAGGGCCUGUAGAUGCAUUCCCAUCCCUCCUGGCAAAGCGGGGGGCCAAGAGCCGGAGCUGCCUGGGAAGAGCUCAGGAUCGGGGCCGGAGGCCGAGCCAGAAGGCCUGGGCGCUGAGGUGGCCGAGAGGGCUCUGAGCCCCGGGGAACCGCCCCAGCUCCCCAGAAGGGGGUCGAUCUUGGAGGAGGAGCCAUUUGCAGAGGCCACAGACGAGGCCGAGGAGGGGGAGCACAGGGUCCCCCAGAGAAGGAGGGCUAGUUCUCCAAGAAAGGGGCGGAAUUCUGGCGAGGAGGCCUGGGACGAGAGUGAACUGCGGAGCCAGGGGAGUGGCUCUGGCUCCAACAAUCUCCGAGGACCACAGAGGAGGAGGCCAAGGGCCAGGGAGCUGGAGGGGCCGAGGAACCUGGAGAAGCUGCAGAGGCAGCUGCAGCAGGACUUGGACUGUGAUCCCGAAAAGCUGCCCUGGGAGCCAUCGCGGGCUGCUGUUCAGGCCUCCCGCUGGAACAGGAAGGCCCAUGCCUUGGGAGCUGAUGAGACUUGCCUGUUUGCACACUUCCCUAACCGCACCUUCCACAAACGACAGGAGGCCACCAGAAACCGGCUGCAGGCCUGGGAGCAGCAGCAGCAGGAGAAGCGGCAGCAGGCCGAGCUGCGGCGGGCCCGGGAGCAGCGGCUACAGCAGCGGCUGGCUCAGUGCCUGGCAGCCUACGUACCCAGAGGGAGCCGGGGGCCGGGGGCCGCCCAGCGCAAGCUGGAGGAGCUAAGGCGCCAGGAGCGACAGCGCUUUGCUGAGUACCAGGCAGAGUUGCAAGGUAUCCAGCAGCGGGUGCAGGCCCGGCCCUACCUGUUCCAGCAGGCCAUGCAGGCCAAUGCCCGGCUCACUGUGACCCGGCGCUUCUCCCAGGUGCUGUCGGCACUGGGACUGGACGAGGAGCGGCUGCUGGCUGAGGCAGGAAAGGGGGAUACGGAGGGCACCCCCAGGAAACCCAGGAGCCACAGGUCAGUGGGAGUGAGAAUGGAGCACUCUUCUCAAGAGCCCCCAAAGAAAGAACCCACUGGCAGCCAGCCUGACAAGCACUCCGCCCCAAGCCCAGACCGAGAGUCCAGUCCCUGAGAUAAAAAUUAAAUGCUUUGUGGAAUAUACACUGUGGGAUUCCUGGUGGUAGUGGAAAGAGGCUGCAGGUUGGGAGUAGGUGGUGGCAGGUGGGGUAUGCAGCGCUCUUGGCUGGUUCCCAGGACGAGGAACUCUGGCUGUUCUGGCUGCCCCCUCCCAGCACACACGGCUCUGCCUCUGCCCUGAGGACUGAGUGGGGCAUCUCCAAGAGCGAGAGCUGCAACCCCUAAAACUGCUGGGUGCUGGAAUUCAAGAGUGAAUAGGACACAAUGGCUUCCGCCUUUGGGAACUCCCAGUCCUGUUGGGGAGGGGGGCGGACCAUUAAAGGGGCGCACGGUGUAACAAACGGGCCGCCAGAACGAGCAACUGUGAGGCGGGGGUGUCAGGAGGGAUUGUGUGGUCUGAGCUUUUACAUUUAAGCAACUUCAGGUUAGAGCCCCUCUCCUCAAGGGGGAAAAAAAAACCUCAAACACACGGACGUGCCAAACUUUACAUUCAAUUUCAGGGGACUCAGACACGCAGAAGUUCAUCUCGACCUCCGUAGCAGUCACAGGGCGCAGGUUAAAAAAUCCGAUCCAAGGAACGGGGGAAGGCAGCGUUUGCAGACAGUACUAGUUGUAGGGAUUGGGAGGAGGCUGGAAUGUGGAGC